GGCCAAUCGAUCAGACGACAAUCGCCGUGCUGGUCUUUCCUCCUCUCGUCACGGUUCUCAUCGGAGCCUUCGAUCAGAGGAGGAUCGUCUUGCCAAGCGCCAAGCCCGGGCCGCUGGCUCAGACGCUGCCAAGCCAGGCGCUCAUACUGCGUCCAACGCUGAUGAAAGCAGUCUAGCUAGACGAAAGAAUCGAGCUGAUCGUCCUCCUAAGACCAAUCGAUCAGGUGCUCACACUAGUUCCAACGGAGACGAAAGCAGGUCAGCUAGACGAAAAAUUCGAGCCAAUCGCGACCGAGACGCCAAAGUACGGGCCAAGAAUAGCGCUACUAAGUCUAGUGGAAACGGUGUUGGUAGUGACGGCGUGGUAGAUGAAGUCGAGCGAGACGCUGUGGGAGAUGAGCAGGCAGUUGAUGGUGCUGUCGAGUUGAAGGCCAUGGCUAUCGAAGAUCUCGAGAAUGAACAGCUCAAGGAACAACAGGCUCAAAUCGAAGCGCUCAAGCAACAAAUGCAAAACAUGGCGCAACCAAAUCAUGGUUCGGAUCCUGACACAGAAGACGACACUGAUAUCGACGGAACGAAUGAACCUCAUGGGCAGCAUCCCAAAAAGCGUCGGAAAUGUAUUGUUGGUAUCCUUCUAGUCCUUCUUACAAUCGGUGGAGGAGUCGCUGGAUACAUCCUGGGGAAUCCGAAGAAGAAGUCUCCCACGAAAGCUCUACAACUUGAUGUAGAGCCGACGACCCCUCCAACUACGGCAGGUGGCACUACUACUGCUAUACAAUUACCCAGUACUUCGCCUUCCAACAGUCCCACCGAGUUGCAAAUCUACACGCCACCAAGUAAAGAAGAUUGCGAGGCCAUUGCAUCUGGCUCGACAUUGUCCGACCAAACCACUUUGACCUCCAGAGAGUUUGUCAUUGAGUUUGAUGCAACCUUGAACUCUCAAAUGGCAGAGGAAGAUUGGGUAGGACCUCUCAAGGAACAGCUUCAGUCGAUUUUUCUUCCCGUCGUGGCAGGUUGCUCGACUCGUCGCUGGCUUCGUGAAACGAAGAGCAAGCAACACAGACAACUGCAAUUGUUGCCAGACUUUGCUAUUGCAAACGGCAAAAUUGGAAACGCCAUUGUAGCGGAAGGGGGCUGCGAGGACGAGUCUGCUGCCGCGCUCUGUCAUCGCGUGAGCGUCUUGAUGGAUCUUUCACUUCGCGACGAAGAUACGAAGCUCACUUUUGUUGAAGCUUAUUUGAUUACCACUCUUCGUGCUUCGCCUGACAACGUUUUGGGCCUGGAAUCUCUAUUGUCCAAUCUUGUGGUCAUUCGUGCUGCCCCCACCGCACCAACAGAUGAACCAAGCUUUAGCCCGAGCUCUCGCCCAUCUACCGUUCAGCGUACUAUUCAGCCUACCGAUGUACCAUCAUCACAAGCAUCAAAAGCCCCAGUUGUUGGUCCCACUACUCUUGAACCAACACGAUCCCCGACCAAAGCACCAACAAAGGCUCCGGUCGCGGCUCCAAUUUUGUCAACCGAGAACCCAACCGCAAGCCCAACAAAAGCACCAGUCGUUGCUCCUACAUUGGCUCCUGUGGUCGGCCCAACGCCACCGCCAACGCAAGUACCUACAAAGGGUCCAUCGGCUGUUCCAUCGUCGGCUCCAUCAAAGGUCCCCACGAAGGUCCCCACAAAGCGUCCAACUGCAAACCCCACUUCCACUCCGACCAGUAGUCCAACGGCAAGUCCAACUUCCGGCCCCACAGAUGGUCCAACAGUGGCUCCUACAAAGACUCCAACUGAAAUCCCGACUUCUGGUCCCACCGGUAGUCCGACACUACGAGCUAGCCAAUCUCCAACGGUGAUGACAUCAGUCAUAACGCCAUCGGCGACAGCCCUGCAGUCAUCCGAGUAUUAUUGCAACCCUGACUUGUGCGCAGGUGAUGGAAGUGGGCAGUUGAUGCCUGGUACGCCAGCCGGUGAAGCUUCAAAUGCCAUUGAUGGCAAUAUCGAUGGGAACUACUAUAGUGGAUCAAGUUCACACACCUGGACACAAUGGAACCCAUACUGGCAAGUACAAGGAAUUGCGGGCCCUGUCAGUACAGUACGCAUAUGGAAUAGAAAUGGUGAAGCGGGUGCAGAUGACUUGGUUGGCGCAAAUGUAGAUCUGCUGGACCAUAACGGAGAGGUCCUAGCAACUCGCGAAAUUCAGGGUGUUGCACACUUCCGGGAAUUCGAGUUUGAAAGUAUCAGCGGAGUCGACCUGCUCCUUGCAACCUUCUGGGAAUUCGAGUUUGAUAAUGUCAGCGAUGUUGAUACGGUCCGAGUCUUGCACCCUUCCCUUACAUUUCUCAUCAUUGCAGAAGUCGAAGUCCUUGGUGGAAGUUCUCACAGCUCAUUAAUCACUGAAUCUUCGGUAGCCUCGCAAUCGUCGUCUUUAAAUUGCGAUGCAUGUAUGUACGUUCCACAUGGCUCUGUUGCUGGGCCAGCAAGCCUAGCCAUUGACGGUAAUCGAAAUUACCCAGGGGCUCAUACACAGGCUCAGGUAGACCCGUGGUGGCAGGUGGAUCUCCAGUUGACCGCAACUGUGAGCAGGGUUGUCGUCUGGGGCCGUGAGGAUUCUUGCUGCAUUGGUUGGUUGUAUGGCGCCAGAAUUCAUUUGAAAGACACUUUUGGUAAUGUCAUUCACACUGAGAUAGUAUCAGAUGCUGGUGUGAUGAGUACUUUUGAAUUUCCUCCCGUUGAGGAUGUUGCUGCAAUUCAAAUUGUUAUGGGUGCAUCACCUGAAUAUUUUCCCUUGAAUAUUUUGGAGGUCGAGGCAUUCGGUGUUAUCCAAUGA